AUGGCUUCCACGAGCGCCGCCACGGCCCACAUGGCGACGACGACGCUGAAGGUCGAGGGCAUGACAUGCGGCGCGUGUACCUCUGCCAUCGAAACGGGCUUCCAGGGCGUACCAGGCGUAGGGAGUGCGUCUAUCAGUCUGGUCAUGGAACGCGCAGUCAUCCAACACGACCCGAGCGUCAUUUCCGCCGACGACGUCAAGGAAAUCAUUGAAGACAGGGGCUUUGACGCCGAGGUGCUGUCCACAGACCUGCCCGUCACCCACACCACCGACGACCAUUUUCUGAGCGACUCAGACGACGAAGAGGAGGGCCUGCUCGCAAACGACGGCUGGUCGACAACCACGCUCUCCGUGGGAGGCAUGACCUGUGGUGCCUGCACUUCUGCGGUCGAAGGCGCCUUCAAGGACGUUUCGGGAAUCAAGUCCUUCAGCAUAUCGCUGCUUUCCGAGCGCGCCGUCAUCGAGCACUGGACCAAGAUCAUCACACCAGACCAGCUGGCCGAAACAAUAGAAGACGUGGGCUUUGACGCAACCGUGCUGGAAACCGUGGCCGACACGCCCGCGCCCAAGAAGAGCAGGACUGCAAAGAAACAAAAGACAAUGACGACAACGCUCGCUGUCGAGGGCAUGACAUGUGGCGCCUGUACCUCUGCCAUUGAAAAUGGUUUCAAGGACGUGCCUGGCGUGUACCAGUUCAACAUCAGCUUGCUCGCAAACCGCGCGGUGCUCGUUCACGACCCUGCCAAGCUCAGUGCCGAACAGAUUGCCGAGACAAUCGAGGAUUGCGGCUUUGAUGCCACCAUUCUGUCGUCCGAGGAUGCUAGCGUACACCACUCGUCGUCCAGCCAGGCGCCAAUCCACCUCAAGAUCUAUGGUCUACCAGACAUCGAAGCUGCACAUGAACUAGAGUCUCUCCUCAGCAACCGGUCCGGCAUCACUUCCGUUCAGAUCAAUUUUGCAAACUCAAGAGCCAUUGUCAAGCGCGAGCCUCAGGCCAUUGGACUUCGAGCUGUAGUCGAAGCCAUCGAAGCAGCAGGCUACAACGCCCUGGUCUCUGAUUCCGAUGACAACAAUGCCCAGCUCGAGUCGCUUGCCAAGACAAAAGAGAUUCAGGAGUGGAGACGAGCUGUUGUCUUUUCUGCUUGGUUCGCCGUCCCAGUCUUUCUCACCAGUAUGAUCUUUCCCAUGUUCUUGCCGUUCCUUGACUACGGCAAGUUCAGUAUACUUCCUGGCCUCUACCUUGGCGACAUUGUCUGUCUUGCACUUACCAUCCCUGUGCAGUUUGGCAUUGGAAAGCGCUUUUACAUCUCCGCAUACAAGUCUCUCAGCCACGGCUCCCCAACCAUGGAUGUCUUGGUCGUUCUGGGUACAUCGGCAGCCUUCUUCUUUAGCGUUGCUUCAAUGCUCGUGUCCAUCUUCGUCCCUCCUCACACCAAACCCACCACCCUGUUCGACACUAGUACUAUGUUAUUCACUUUCAUCAGCUUAGGUCGCUUCCUCGAGAACCGGGCAAAGGGUCAAACCUCGAAAGCGCUGUCGAGACUGAUGUCUCUAGCACCCUCCAUGGCCACCAUCUACGCUGAUCCAAUCGCUGCUGCGAAAGCUGCAGAGGGCUGGGGUGCCACUGACGGGAAAGAUGGUCGUCCUUCCAUGGACGUCAACGCUGCCGAAGAACGGGUGAUUGCUACUGAACUUAUCGAAGUUGGUGACGUAGUCAUCCUGCGCCCUGGUGACAAGAUUCCCGCCGACGGCACAGUCACUCGCGGUGAGUCCUACAUCGAUGAGAGCAUGGUCACUGGUGAGGCUAUGCCCAUUCUUAAGAAAAAGGGAGCCCUGCUCAUGGCUGGUACCGUCAACGGUGCGGCACGUAUGGAGUUCAUUGUCACGCGUGCUGGCCGUGACACGCAGCUCAGCCAGAUUGUUCGACUUGUACAGGAGGCCCAGACCAGCCGCGCCCCAAUUCAACGACUCGCAGAUACCGUCGCGGGUUACUUCGUCCCUAUCAUCAUUGCCCUUGGUCUAGCUACCUUUGUCGCUUGGAUGGUCUUGAGCCAUGUGCUGCCGUACCCUCCAAAGGUAUUCCUCAACCACGCCAGCGGUGGCAAGCUGAUGGUAUGUGUCAAGCUCUGCAUUGCUGUUAUCGUGUUUGCGUGUCCUUGCGCCCUCGGUCUCGCAACGCCCACCGCCGUCAUGGUCGGAACUGGUGUCGGCGCGGAGCAAGGUAUCUUGGUCAAGGGUGGCGCUGCUCUGGAGACUGCUACCAAGAUCAACCACGUCGUCUUCGACAAGACCGGCACACUCACUAUCGGCAAGAUGAGCGUCUCCAAGGCCGACAUUCAGGGCGAGUGGGCCAGCCAGAAGCACCUCUGGUGGACACUCAUUGGUCUCGCUGAGAUAGGCUCUGAGCACCCCAUUGCCAAAGCGAUUGUGCGCUCCGCGAAAGAACAUCUCCGUCUUGGCCCCGACGGCAUUCUCGAUGGCGCAGUAGGAGACUUCGAAGUCGUGGUAGGCAAGGGCGUUACUGCCAAUGUCGAAGCAGCCGUCACCGGCCCGCGCACACGCUACAAGGUCCUUAUCGGCAACGCGACCUUCCUCCUCUCCAACGGUGUCAACGUACCGGACCUCAUCGAUGAACCUCUCACUCCUAAUCCCAAUUCUCGCAACCCACAGAACCGCUCAGCAGGCAUAACGACUAUCCACACCGCAAUUGGCACAACUUAUACUGGCGCGCUCAGCCUCUCCGACACCAUCAAGCCUUCCGCCCGCGCUGUCGUCCUUGCCCUCCAACGUCUCGGCAUAAAAUCAUCCAUUGUUACUGGUGACACUUCUGCCUCGGCUCUCGUCGUUGCAGCAGCAGUCGGUAUCUCCUCCGAAGAUGUACACGCCUCUGCCACUCCUUCCGACAAAAAGGCCAUUGUCGCAGACAUGCAAUCGCGCGGCUUCGUUGUCGGCAUGGUCGGCGACGGCAUCAACGACUCCCCAGCCCUGGCUUCUGCAGACAUUGGAAUCGCGCUGAGCACGGGUACAGAUGUAGCUAUGGAAGCCGCGUCUAUUGUGCUUAUGAGCAAUACCGACUUGCUUGCUAUUCCGGCGAGUUUGUGUCUGAGCCGCGCAAUCUUCUUCCGGAUCAAGCUGAACCUUGCGUGGGCGUGUAUGUACAACUUCGUCGGUCUGCCCUUCGCUAUGGGUUUCUUUCUUCCCUGGGGCCUAUCCUUGCACCCAAUGGCCGCUGGCGCGGCAAUGGCCUGCUCCUCUGUAUCGGUCGUCUUGUCCUCGCUGCAUCUCAAGUUUUGGCACAGGCCGAGUUGGAUGAAGGUUAGUCUUUUGGAUCCUGAUGCGGAGCUGCCGGAGAACGAGAAGGAGAUCGAGAGGCUCGAGCAGGGUGGCGUCAUCAGCAUGGCAAGAGAUUGGGUCAUGGAUAGCUGGGCUGCGUGGAGGAGGAAUAAGGAGGAGGCAAGGUAUGUGCCGUUGCAGGACAUGGGCGAGCGCUAG